AUGUUCCAACUUUUAAAAAAGGAAAGGGUAGAAGAGGGAGAUUCAGCAAAGGAGAUACUGCGAGAAGGGGAGAGCAAGACGAUGGGUUCUUCUAUUUCUCCGGGACUGGUUUGUGAUCCGACCAGCAGCUGGAACUUCACCAACGAUGAGGAGUCGGCAAAGGGGCAGCUCUACUCGGCUGCAGAUAGCAUCAUCGUCCCCAUCCUGAUGUCCGUGAUCGUGGUCGUGGGCCUGCUGACCAACUCGCUCUUCCUGCUGUCGGUGAUUCGCGUGCAGCACAUGCGGACGGCCACCAACCACUACCUGGUCCAGAUCGCCGUGGCAGACAUUAUGUACCUGGUCUCCGCGGCCGGCGACAAAAUCAUCCGCUUCGCUGCGUCGCCGGUGAGAUGGGACCGCAGGUGGUCGGGGGGAGCGGGCUGCGUUCUGACCCCACUCCUCGUCUCCUUAGGCUACUUCGCUGUCCUGUUCUUCAUGACGCUGGUCACGCGGGAGAAGUACCUUGCCGUCUGCAAACCCCUCAAGUACCGGGCAAUCAAUGCAGGCCGGCGCAUCAGGACGACCCUGGCUGCCUGGGCCGUAGCCUUUCUCAUCACGAGCUCCUUCAUUCCGUCCUCCUGCGUGUUCACUCCUCGGUGCAUCACCUGGCCGGCGGUGUGGCGGCGCUCCGACCUGCCCAGCGUCGCGGCAACGUGCAGCGCCGUCUAUGACUGGUGGAUCAUCUACACCGAUAUCAUGCAGACCACCCCCUUCUUUCUCGUCACGCUCCUGACCCUCUGCAUGUAUGUCUGCAUCGCCCGGGCUCUACGCGUGCAGGUGGCGGCGCAGACAGAAGGUUUACAGGGACCUGUGACGGCUCGCAAGAUGCAGACGCGCAGGCAGAUUAUCCACAUGCUGGUGUGCAACGGACUGCUGUUCAUCUGCCUCCUGGCGCCGUUCGAAUGCGUCUCCCUCGUGUCCUCCAUAUGGGACUACAUCCCUCACCCCUUGCUAACGAGUGAACAGCUGUGGCUCCUGUCGCAGAUCGCCAGGACGCUGGCCUACCUGCAAGCUGCCAUCAACCCGCUGGUGUACUACAUGCUCCAUCCUCGCUACAGGCACGCCUGCCUGGAGACUUUCUCAAGGGGUGGCACCAGUUCAAGGCAAGACGUAGACACGAAAGCACAUCGUUCCCACUUCACACUUCGGCCAAAGAAUAACGCCAACCCUCGUGAAAAGCAUUUAGACAUACUUAAACAGAGACCGAAGCAUCCCGUGUAG